CCUCCAUACAGAGAAAUCAGUGGUGUUGGGGAGAGAUAGAGAAAUAGACAGGAACCCAGAGUGGAGCCGCGAGACGGGGACAGGGACAGGGACAGGGACAGGGACACACAGCGGACACAGACCGAUACACGGAGGCUGCUUAACGAGGACACACUACGGGACACCUGCGGACAUGGACGUGACCGUUUGACCAGCUCCAGACCCGAGCCAACAGGUCCACCGCAGCCGCGAGCAUGUCGACGGUAGAAGGACCCGGACAGCGCGAGGACAGGGAGUACGGAAGGGCGGCAAAGCGGCUGAAGACGGACGACAGGGAGGCGGAGGACAGGGAGACAGAGGACAGGGAGGCGGAGGACCGGGAGACAGAGGACAGGGAGACGGAGGAUAGGGAGGAGGGGGAAGAGGAGGGGGAAGAGGAGCUGGAGGAAGGCGAGGAUUCGGACUCCGGCUCGCUGCCCGGUAACGUAGAGUCAGCGGUGGACACCCGGGACCGGUGGAGCGGCAGCCAGUACGGACCAGGACGGAGGGAUAAUGGCGAGGACUCCCAUCGUAUCUCUCCCAGCCCCGUGGUCCACGUCAGGGGUCUGUGUGAGGCCGUGGUGGAAGCAGACCUGAUAGAUGCCUUGGAGAAGUUUGGACCCAUAUGUUAUGUGAUGAUGAUGCCAUUCAAGCGUCAGGCCCUGGUGGAGUUCUCUGCAGUAGAGAGCGCUGAUCGCUGUGUGUCCUGUGGAGCCAAGGAGCCUGUUUACAUCGCAGGCCAACAGGCGUACUUUAACUACUCAACAUCUAAGAGAAUCACCAGACCGACCAACGCUGACAACCCCAACAGUGGCAACAAGGUCCUCCUGCUGUCCAUACAGAACCCUCUCUACCCCAUCACCACGGACGUCCUGUACACGGUGUGUAACCCCAUCGGCAGUGUGCUGAGGAUCGUCAUCUUUAAAAGAAAUGGAAUCCAGGCCAUGGUGGAGUUUGAGUCAGUCCAGUGUGCUCAGAAGGCUAAGGCUGCUCUGAACGGAGCUGACAUCUACGCUGGCUGCUGUACACUCAAGAUUGAGUAUGCAAGGCCAACACGUCUGAACGUGAUAAAGAACGACAACGAGAGCUGGGACUACACUAAACCAUACCUGGUCAGACGAGACCGUGGGAAGGGAAGGCAGAGACAGGCCAUUCUAGGAGAACACCCAUCAUCCUACAGUGAUAACAGCUACGGUCCACCCUGCCCCCUGCUGCCUCUGCCUGGUAACAGCAGGUACAAGCUCACCCCCGUGGAUGUUCCAGACAUGGUGUCCUACCCUCUGCCCCAGUCGUCCUCCUCGUACUCCGGCCACGCCCCCAGCUCUGUUGCCAUGGUGAGCGGCCUCCAUUCAUCCAAGAUGAACUGCACCCGCAUCUUCAACCUCUUCUGCCUCUACGGCAACAUUGAGAAGGUAAAGUUUAUGAAGAGUGUUCCUGGCACGGCGCUGGUGGAGAUGGGAGACGAGUACGCUGUGGACCGAGCCAUCACUCACCUCAACAGCAUCAAGGUGUUUGGAAAGAGACUCAAUGUCUGUGUGUCUAAGCAGCACGCAGUGAUCCCCAGUCAGGUGUUUGAGUUAGAGGACGGCAGCAGCAGCUAUAAGGACUUCGCCAUGACCAGGAACAACCGCUUCAGCAGCGCCGGGCAGGCGUCCAAAAACAUCAUCCAGCCUCCGUCUGCAGUGCUACACUACUACAACGUUCCUCCGUGUAUAUCACAGGACCAUUUACUGAGGCUGUGUACGGAGCAUGACGUGCCCGGCUUCGUCAAAUUCAAGAUGUUUGAUGCCAAACCCUCCUCUAAGACCAUCUCUGGCUUGUUGGAGUUUGACAGUAAGACGGAAGCUGUGGAAGUUCUUACUGUUCUCAACCACUACCAGAUCAGGAUACCCAACGGGUCCAACCCAUACACCCUGAAACUGUGUUUCUCCACCUCGUCUCAUCUAUAAAAAGUUGCAGAGCACAAGAAGAGGCUGUUGAGCCUGAUGACCCCUGACCUCUGACCCCUGAGAGAGGGAUCAUGAGAGACAGACACACAGACAAGUGGAGGACAGACGUAUGAAAGAAGAGGAGAGAGACGUGGCCUUUAAAGGAGAUAAAGAUGGAAAGAAGUGUAGGAGAGAGAAGACACUGUCCCUAUCUUCAAACUGAACAUCAAACACACCAUCCAAACGUCCCACCGUCCUAUCAUCCUACCGUCCCACCGUCCCAUCAUCCUACCGUCCAAUCACAACUCUACAAAGAGACAGACUAGUGACUGUCUGAGAUACUCUAUCAAUGGGUUUCUAUCUGGGGGACACUGCUCAUGUGUUUGUCCCACAAGUCUUCACUGCAUGGUAAACUUGUCUCUGAGUGUAUACCUAGACGGACGGACAGACAGACAGACAGACAGACGGACAGACAGACGGACAGACGGACGGACAGACGGACAGACAGACUACUGAAUAAACCUGAGUCCUCUUCAGAUCAUCCUUUGUGCUCAUGGUGACUGAAGGAAUACUUUCAUGUUUAAGUACUCUUGUUUUCUUGUUUUCUUGUUUUGAACUGAAACAGUUCAUGUUGAUAUGAUUUGAGCACACAUUCUCAUUUAGUGUUCAUUAGAGCCCCGUGGCAACAGCGAGGACAGAGGACAGAGGACAGAGGGGCCCCGACUGCUGAGAAGUUGUUAAGUUUGCUGUGGAUCUUCGUGGUCCCCAGAGGAAGACUCUAAUGGUUCUAGUGAUCCUCUGACGUGACCUCCCCCCCACCACCACCACCACCAGCAUGAGGUCAGACUUAGCCAUCACUUUGGUCUAUCUGGAAAACAAAUGGCAGGAUUUCCAUGAAGUUUUCCUUGAAUAUUCAUGUUUAAAAGAGGAUGAAUUCUAGUGGUUUUAAAGAUGCUGCUGUUAUUUCUUUUAGCCCUACCGUCAUCUGUCCAACCAUCACUAAAUGUUUGAAGCUAAACAUAAGAAAUAUCCAACUCUAAUUGCCAGAUUGUCGUGACAUUUACUGAGCAUCUUCUCAGAGGAUAACUUCUAUACAUUUUUGACACUCCAUGAUCUUCCCUUUGGCGCCACCUAGAUAUCUAAACAUCAACUUUGCAUACAAAAUAUCUGUCAGAUUGGCUGAAAGUUGACCAACCAUAUUCAUGUUCCCAAAGAGAAGAACUCUACGACCUUUUCUCUAGCACCAACCUCAGGACAGAUGUUACAUUUUCUGCCAUUCCUGUGGUGAGGCUCGAAGAAUAACAAACUUCUUAUUGUUGCACCAAAAAGAGUGAUGUCAAGUCAGUUAUUGCACUGAGAAGGUAGAGCUAAUAAGAAAUAAUGAGCACCAUAUAAACUACAGCUACCGUGUUACAGGGGAACACCACCUAAAUGAAGGAUUCCAAUGGGUUAUCUCCAUGGCCUAGGAACGUUCUAUCAAUAUGUGUGAACAGGAGCUGCUCUCUGUGGAAGCCACAAACCAGAGAAGUGAGUCUCACACUGGUGAUGUCAUAGGGUACACAGUCUGGAGCGUCUCCGUAGACAAUAAACAGGAGACCCACAGACUGUUUGUUUUCUGUUUUAUACCCAAUGAGCUUUAUUCUAUAGAGCUGUUCUCCCAUACACUCAGAACUUUCCUCUAGGUGCUCUCAGUGUCAUCUAGAACAUCUCUCCAUUCAUUGUCUGUGGAGCAGUUCAACACUUUAUACCCUAUGGCAUCACAAGUUUGAGAUUUUAGCACUCUAGUUUUGGGAGUUGUUCGUGUUAACUAAUAUUUUUGGACUGUGUUAGACCAACGGAAUAAUAUGUAUGAAUAUUGAAAAAGGGUGUAGUUCCCCUUUAACAUAAUUCUAUUUCAGAAAAGUAAAGUUUCAUCAGCGUCUAGACAAAAUGAAUCAAGUAUUUCAUUAUUACAUCUUCCAUAAUUGUCUAAAAUAAUGUCAGUUAGUGUAGUAUCCCUGGAGAGGUUUUCUGACUUUACUGUGACCUUAACUUAUUUAGAAUUCACUUCAAGAAUGUCACUUCAAUAUUUAAGGCUGAAAACGUGAUCGCUCUCUGUCACUCACUAUUGUGUAUAUACAGUGUUGUCAUACGUGCUGCAGUAGGUUCCAAGUGUUUUUCUCACAUGUUGUCAGUAUAAUAUUACAGGGCCCAUGGGUCUGUGUAUUAUUUCUAUAAAUGAAUGCAGUAAUUAACUUAAGAAUAGUAACACAUUCACAACACAUCUAUAUCAGGGUGACCACACCAGCUGAGUUUACUGCAGUCAGACCAGCAGCUCCAGUCUGGAUUGUGAUGAUGGAAGGAUACUGAUGUGUUGGACUGGAGUAGAAUUACAACAGUAUGGGGGUUUGUUCCACACUGUUGAAACAAAUAUCACUAUGUGAUAUUGACAGAAGUGUUAUUGACAGAUUUAUUGACAGAAUGUUUGCAGGUGGAAGUAGAACACACACACUGCGGGAGCGGGCGGUAAGGGUAAGAAAUGACUUACUUUACUUUUCACCCUCUCUAACUGGGAAUGUUGGUAUUGGCAGUGGUUGAAGAAGUAGGCUACACAAGACUUUUCUUUCUGGGGUAAAACUAUUAAUAGCGCACAGUAAAAGCAGUAAAUGUCCUGCAUUCAAAUGUUUACUUCAAGGGAUAGAGAGGCAUUAUCUGCACAAUGUACUUCAGGUCAGGUCUAACAUGAUGCUGGUUAAAGGUUAUAUUGAUACAACGGAUAUGUUGAAUUUCAACGUCUCUGAGUCAAACAUCUGUCUCAUAAAUACGUUUCAUAUCAGCCUGGUAUUACCCUUACAGUAACACAAUGCCACGUGGUUAAUGCUGUGAAACGAUUGGUUAGGCUGCUUGGUUAAGGUUAGAAGACAGAUCAUGGUUUUUGUGUUCAAAUAAUGAUGUAACAGCAAAACAACAUAACAACAUAACAACAUAACAACAUAACGAAGCAACGCAACAAAACCACCAGAGUUCCAGUAGGUUCAGGAAAUAACUCCAUGGCUUGGUUUAAAACGGCUACGUUAGUACAGAGGAAAUGAGACUGAACACGGGACACGAACCAACAGCUGAUUGUAACUAACCCACGGGACACAAUCGGCGGUCUCUUGGAUGAAAGCCUUGUGUUUGUUGGACACAUCCACCCGAUGUGUCUCUUUUCGCUCUUUAAACUACGUCACUUGUUCUGACCAAAUGCAAAAACGUCAACAUUCUACGUAUCCCUGGUUUGCAGCAACGUCCAAUGCCGACGUUUUUUCCAGGCGACUGGGCUGAUUGAUUAUAUUUAUAUGUAGACUAAUCAUUUUUGAAAGAAUAAUACAUCCACAGAGUUUUUAGAAAGGUGCUGAAUAAAAGUCUGGCUUUUCCUCCAAAAAUAUUCUGAGUUUGAAUUCGUCAUUCAAAAAAUAUUGACGUGUCCAAAAUGAAUGUUUUUAUUUAUCUCUGUGGAAGAUAUCUGACGUUCUGUGCACUUCUAACAAGGAUUGUGAGCCAACAGCAUAACAACGUUGGUAUCACGUGGUAUCUCUGUGUUGUCAGCGAUCAAGUUGCCAGUUAGUGUGUAAAAAAGGGAUAAAUGGCUGAGUUUGACACUGGUGUCUCCAUCAGGCUGCAGGAGAAGUGAAUAUUUACUGUGGCAAUAAGUGUAAAGUGACGUUAGCACAUAUUAGCUGGCUUAGUUUUAUCAUCUGAACAACAGUAACCCAUAAUAACAGUUUCAAUCCCUGACGAGCUACGUUAGCAUCAUAGCAUUAAUGACGGUCACGUCCAGUUACCAUAAGGCUAUAUGGAUCAAAAAGCUUGUGACAGAAUCUUUCUAUACGCUGAUUAAAUCAUUUGCUUUAGUAAUCAAUAGUCCGCUUACGGUGUUCAUUUUGGGUGACAACAUAUGUUAACUAACGUUAGUUGAGUUUGUGUUUUGUUUUUUUCUUUACUCACUUGAUACUUUGCCUCUCGGACCGUCUGCUCUCCAGCUGGAUACCUGUGCUGCGUGCACAUUGAUAUCAUUACGGGAAAACCAAUGAAAAACCAAUGCGCACGGGGAAAGCACCUUUUUCUACAUCACCACGAAAGAUUCAUCAUAUACAUUACUGUCUGUCUGAGUCAUUCCACUUGACCAUCAAAUAUGCAGGUUGUGCAACAAACUGGCAACCAUUUGUUGUGAAGUGAAUGCAAGGGAACGGGGGAGGGAGAAUACGACAUCUAGUGGCUGAAUGUUAUUAAUGUUAUCAAUUGUACCUUUAAUGAAUAAUAAUGCAUUAUAUUUUAAUUAUUAUAUUUUGUGAGUCAAAUCCGAAUUUGCGACGUACAGUAACAUUUCUGUCAAGUAAAUGUAGUACUACAAUGUUUUCCUCUUAAGUAGAAGUACAAUAGUAUACAGUUGAGUUGCAUAUGUUUAAGUGCUUUGGGGGCCUUCAGGGUACAAUGAGUUAGUGUUAGAAUAAAAACAUAAUUCAAUAUCUUUCAUAUCUCUCUCAAAAUGAUAAUAAAUCUAUAGCUGUUGGGGGCCAAGGCAGUUGCCUGCCUUUCCUAAAGGUAAAGUCUGCCCCUGCACAGGCCAAGCAUUCAGCCCGUUUUGAACAGGCACUACUCAUACUAAUACCUCAACGUGUAUUUCCUUUUAAACAUAGUGACAGUGUGGGAUCGUUCUAUCGGUGUAAACCAACAGGAUAUAUGUGGUAGGAUGAACAGAUCGGCAGGAUUGUAGAAUUUGUGAUGACUUAAUUGGUCGGUAUCAACACACCCACUAGUGCAGCAUGAGGUCCCCACUGAAGACGCACCGUUUCUACCAAGUUGCAGUUUGAAGUUGAAGGGCCCGUUUCAUGGAAUCUUUAAUAGUUUUGGCCACCAUUCCUGGCAGGAAACAUGCUAACAGUUUACUCAUCAUGAGGUCUACUGUGCUCAGCAUGGUGCAACCGAACACAAGACAGCGUAACCUUUUAAAAGAGGGGUGAGUGCACCUGAAAUAUAUCUAUCACACAUAUGCACUGCUUUUUAAAAUGGAGCACACAACUACUGUGAGACCAGUAUGUCAAAGUAGAACCAGGAAGUAGCUCCCCAGUUUAAUCUAGUGCACACCUUCCUUAAGAAUUGGCUGAUCUUACCUGCAAAUUCAGUAUGUAUCAAUUCCAUCUUUGUACCUUAAGAUCUGUCACCUCUGGGCAGAAAAUGCUUCUGCUCAUUUCAAAAAGAAAUGUAUACCUAUUUGCACUGCGCAUGGAAAACUACUGCAAUUACGUAAUAUUAAAGGACAUUUGCCAUUCGAAGCAGCAUUUUUUUCUUGCAAUGUCUUAUUUUUAUAUUCUAAUAAAGUGGUGCAGGGAUGACGUAUUUUUGUAGGCCAACCAGGAAGUUAGCACCGCCCUGGUUCCCUCCACUAACAGCCAAUGGGAUUGUUCCAUUCGUUUUUGGAUUAUAACAGAAAGUAAGCUCUGUGGCAAACAAACAUUUAAGAUAGUGACAUGUUUUGUUCAGCAAGAUAAUCUCCACAAAACAACACCACUUUAUGAUUUUUGAAGCAUGAAUACAAUCACUAGAAGUAAAAAGCUAACGUUAGGCUAUAAACAAACUACACCAAGGUCACAUGAUUUCAACGUCACCACCACUGAGUAGAUGAACUUCCCCGUGUUUGGCGUGAUGACAUUUAAUAUCCCCAAAUCCUCUGUAAUCUCAUUAAGCUACUUGUUAGCAACAAGCUUGUUCACCAGUGGGAUAUUUACUGACCUAUUUUAUAUCGUAGAACAAAACGUUCAAAUCUCUUGAGCUUUUGUUAACCACAGACCUGAUUUCAGACAUCGAACUAAAACACAUCAAUAAACCCAUUGACCUCCACACGGGGGAACAGGAAGUGCUAAAAUGCUGACUCAUUCCCAGGCUUUAGGACUCAUUCCUGCUCUAUGCUCUAGUGCUCUAGUGCUCAUACAAGAUUGUGUAUUUUGCAUAAAAUAUGUGAAUAAUUAAGCCUAAAUUCCGAGUGUGUGAUUGGGCACACUGGGCUUCUUGGAGGUCAGCUGUUUGCUGAAGCACAGUAACGAAAAGCAUAUUGUCUCUGUUCUGUAUCUCAUGUAUGACAUGCAGACUGGAUUUCUUUAAGAAGAGCCAGGAUGCAUCACACUUGUGAAUGAAGGCAUACUUUCUGUACAUAAUAUGUAAAUAAGGAAAAGGUGUGAAAAGUCUUUGACAGAUGAAUCCCACUUAGUCUGCUGUUAAAUUAUUGCUCAUUAGAUGUUGUUUGUACGUCUCGUACAGCAUUUGAAUCUUACUGUAUUUCUAAGGUUUUAUUUAUUCCUUUUUCAGUUUUUUAAGCCUUUUAGGGGGUUUGAUAAUUGAGGGCUGUUGUUACUCUGAACCUGAUGGGACUGACAGGAUGAGACAGAUCCACAGGUUCCUCAUCAUUCUGAGGCUGUAAAGGUUUAAUGUUGUUAAUAGUCUGUAAUCACUAACAAAACACUCAAACUACACACAACUAUUACUGUUCCAUUCAUUUAAGAAUCUCUGUGGUUGUAACUUUUAUGUACAUGUUCAAAUGAAUAAAGUUCAGGUUUGGAGCUGUAAGGUCAGCUUCACACAGCUCAACUCA